AUGGCCGCCCAAGUGCCAGCUGCGCUGAAGACAGCCGACAUUACCCGCUUCGCCCACCGCGCAGCGCAGCUCGAGAAGCCCAAACCUAUCAUGGCAUACUGGUGCGAAUACUGGAUCGUCAACCAAAUUUUAUCCAAAGGCCUACACAAUGCGGACGAAGAGAGCCUAGUCUAUACGACAACAUUGAUGGACAAGCUCGAAAAGUUUAAAGCUGAACAUGUCCAAGAACCUGCGGUGACCGACGACGUGGUGGGGAAAACAUACGUGGAACAAUUUGGGCUGGAAACCUUCGAAAGAGCAGACAAUGCGGUGCGCGCAAACAAGGCCUCCAGGCAGACGGCAGACACCUUCCAAGCUUCGGCCACCUUUCUCGAUCUGCUUCAGAUUUGGGGUCCCGUGGAACCCGAAAUCGCCGCCAAAAUCAAGUUCGCAAAGUACCAUGCCUUGAGAAUAGCGAAAGCUCUGAAAGCGGGAGAAGAUCCAAAUUUGUCCAACCCCAAACCACAAACUCCGAGUGAGGAGGCUCCCCCGGCGCUGGACCCGGACGAUGCGGAAGUAAAGGCGAUAGAAGGAGGUAGGGACGGCACCAGACCAAGACAGCCCUCUGUUGUUGAAAUACCCGACGAGGCCGACAAGAUUCAGAGAAGCCUUGCGCAGCGGUCGCUGCUCGAUGAAUCCUUACAUCCCUCCCGAGACACAUCAAUGCCACCUCCGGCCACCAAGCAACCGUCGAUUACUGACGUUCUUAAUGAGGCAGAUCGAAUACAAAGCGAGCUUGCUCGUCAGUCAUCUAUCGACCAGUCCCUGCAUCCUUCGAGAGCACCUUCUGCUCCACUGGGGAGCGACGUGUCUCCUUUGCCAGAACAAGAUCCUGCUGCAUUCUAUACAAAUCAGACCGACACAGCUGAUAUUUCGCCGCUAGAGCCUCCUUCUGAGCGAAAGCCUUCGAUAGGAGGAAACUACUUCCCUGUGGUACCAUCAGAACCGGCAGAACCAGCCCUCCCGUCACCGCCAACAACGGUGGGCGAUGCUGCCCUAGACCUGCCCGCCGCACCUUCAGGACUUGGAAAAGUCAACACCGAUAUUCCUCCCGCACCGUCUGAACCCUCUCUUACAUCCGCACGGAGCGAGCUCGGCGCCGCUCUCAACCUGCCUACCCGUCACCAAUCUCCUCCUCUUCCGCCUCACCGCCACGGUACUCCUCUCCUACCAGCUCCAAUCGAUUCAUCCCACCAGAUUCCUCCCAAUUUCCAACCACAAGUCCCACCACCUCAACUUCCAGUCAAUCCACCACAGAUUCGACAAGCGCGUGGCCCCGUACCACCUAUUCCCCAUCAACAGCAAACCCCAGCUUCCAUAGCAGCGCCGUCGCCGAUUCAUCCUACCCGGAUAGCGGCAGUCUCAUCCCCACAGCCUCAACCAGUUAGCGUUGAGGUUGACGAGGAGGCGAUCUUGAAGGCGCAGAAGCACGCCAGGUGGGCGAUUUCUGCGUUGAACUUUGAGGAUGUCCCAACUGCAAUUCAGGAGCUGAGAGGUGCAUUGGCCUCUCUGGGUGGUCUUUGA